CCGGUCGACUGGUGGCCGGCCUGGCCGCUUCUCCGGCUCUCCUCCGCUCUAGGGUUUUCUGGUCCUGGGAGGAGAGCAGCGUAGGUGCGUGGCGAUGGCGCUCACGAACUUCAUCCUGACGGUGGUGGGGGUGGGCGCGGCGGUGAUGCUGCUGCGGAAAGACGUCAAGCAGUCGGCCACCAUGUUCCGCCGCAACGUGCGCCACAUCCGCAACUGGCUCGAGGAGGAGUCCGCCGCCGCCGCCAAAUCUGAACAAUCUUCAGUGAAGGAGUUGGAGUCCCAAGCUGCCAAGAAAGAUGCUGUGCCCAAGGAGGACAAGCAUUAGACGAUCUUACACACUGUUACGUAUAAUGCAUUGGCAGUGUGAUAUCCAGGAUUUUGAAUUAGUCCUUGUAAAAAAUGUUUAGUAGUUUGUAGGACCUUUAAUCCCGAUGGAAAUUUUACUGAAUAAUGGAACAUAUCUUUGGUGCGAGGUUCUGAAAUAGUUUUGCAAAAUGGGAUAUUUGAUCUCAGUGAGAUUUGUACUCAAUGAUGGUGGAUAUUUGGACAUUCUGUAUACAGUACUAUCUUUGUCGAGACUUCCUGUACUUCAGAUGAA